ACCGGAGCCGGGCCCAGCCGCUCACCGCUCUCCCCUUUCCGCAGCCCCGGAGCCGCCGCCAUGAGAGCCCCGGUGCCGGUGGCGCUGGGUUGCAUCAGCUUGGUGCUGUGUGUGCUGGAGCUGCCCGCCGGCCUGCCCCGGCCCCACGGCCGAGCGCACAGGCGCAGGGAGCCCCCGGACCGGAUCCCCUCCCUGGUGCCCCCCUUUGUGGACCCUGCGGUGCCGCCCGCUCCCGCUGCUGCCCGGCACCGGCUGCCCGCGCCCUGGCCCCCCCCGGCACACGCGUGGCGGCACACGCGUGGCCGGCGGCACACGCAGCUGCUGCGCGUGGGCUGCGUGCUGGGCACGUGCCAGGUGCAGAACCUGAGCCACCGGCUCUGGCAGCUGCGGGGCCAGCUGGGCCGCCAGGACUCGUCCCCCAUGAACCCCCACAGCCCCCACAGCUACGGGUGAUGGGGACCCCCCCGCCCUCACCCACGGCCCCCCCCGCAUCCCCACUAAAGCACUUCCAGAGUCACGCGUGGCUGAGCUGCCUCUGCGCACCCCUGGGGGGCACGGAGCAUCCCCGUGGGGGGCUCCCUCCCCAUCGCCAACAGCAGCCCCAUGGAGCGGGGAGGAUGUGAAGUUGGUGGCCCAUGGUGGCAGCAGUGGCCCGUGGUGGC